ACUACACCCUGAAGGUAUGCACUACUCUGGAAAAAUUAUGGAGACAAAACCUUUCCGGCGAAACGGCGAGAGACCCUCUCGGCCAAAUUCUUCAGAAAAUCGACCACAAUUUUACAAGAUCAUCUUAGCCCAUGAACUGACCAGACUAAGGUUUCCCUUGAAGUUCGAUAGAAGGCAUGGAAGGAAUCUACCCAAGGUGGCGUGUCUUGAGGUUCCAACUGGACAAGUGUCCAAGAUUCAGGUGGUUCAUGAUUCUCAAGGUCGAAUUUGGUUAGCCAAAGGCUGGGAGGAAUUCACCAAGAACUACUCCAUUCGAGAAGGCCACUUUCUGGUGUUCAAAUAUGAUGGGGAAUCACACUUUCAUGUUCUCAUAUUUGACAAGACUGCUUCAGAAAUUGAAUACCCAGAGAUUAUUGUUUCCCAUGGUGGUGUUGAGAACCUGGAGGAUUUAUCCCAGAAAUUUGGCCCAAACAAGAGAAAGAGGCAAGAAGACCAGACUGGGAGUUUCUGCAACAGAUUCAACCAUGUGAGAGUGAAGGUUGAGAACUCAGCUCCUCUGAUAAUGACUCCUAAAAUCAGUAGUGGUGAGAAGCAGAGGUUGGUUAAGACGAAGACAGAAAUGGGUUCAGCCUAUGAAAGGGCAAAAGCUUUCAAGUCUAAAAACCCUUUCCACAUUUCUGUCAUGUAUCCAACUUAUGUUUAUUCCUCUGAAAAUAGAAUGAAUAUUCCCUUGGCAUUUGCUAAGAAACACUUUCCCGGUCAGUCUACCGAUUUAUUGCUGGUUUCUGGUGGGAGAUCAUGGCCUGCAAAAUACACUGUGAGUCGAACCCAUGCCAGAAUUUAUGGAUGGAAGCCAUUCGUGGUGGACAACAAAUUAAAAGUAGGCGACGUUUGCAUCUUAGAGAUCAUGAAAGGCAAGAAAUUGAGUGUGAACAUCAUUGUACUCCCUGCAGAUGAUUAAGGUUCCCUGCAGAUGACCUGAGUUUUCUGUGUUUUUUUUUUUUUUUUGUAUGAUAUGUAUGUUAAAUUGGAUAUGAUAACCUGUAGACCGUGGUGUUGCUGCCUCUGCUUAUUCUGGUUUUUGGUUCUUGUUGGGCCUGUUGGCUUUCAUAUGUUGAGUCUCUUGACAAGCAACGUUUGCUUUGGUUGAUCUGACAAUGAACCUCUUGGCAACAUAUAUUGUUAGAAUCUAAUCAGUUUGUAUGAAGAAAGUCUAUUUGACCUG